UAGUUACUUUAAAAGGAAGAUAAAAAAAAAACAAAACAGGAGGUGUCUGAAGGAUACAAGCCGCAGAUUUUUAUAAACCCUAACUUUGAAUCUCGACUCUCUCCCUCAUUCGCCGCCGACGACAACAGCAACAAUGGGUGCCAAGGCGAAGAAAGCUUUGAAGAAGAACAUGAAGAAGAUCUCUGCUUCCGCUGCUACUUCUUCCUCAUCUCAGCUAGUUGUUCCCCAGAAACCCAAACCAUCAGCCGACUUUUUGCCACUAGAAGGCGGUCCAGCUCGAAAAGCUCCACUUACAAAACCUAUCGAGAACAAAUCCACGGUGCUAUACAUCGGUCGCCUCCCUCACGGUUUCUACGAGACUGAGAUUGAAGCUUUCUUCACCCAGUUUGGAACAGUGAAGAGAGUCAGAGUCGCACGAAACAAAAAGACGGGGAAAUCAAAACAUUUUGGAUUCAUUCAGUUUGAGGACCCUGAGGUGGCGGAGAUUGCAGCGGGUGCAAUGAAUGACUAUCUGUUGCUCGAGCACAUGCUUCAAGUCCGUGUUAUUCCACCAGAGGAUGUUAAACCUAAUCUGUGGAAAGGUUUUAAGUGCCAGUACAAACCAGUUGAUUGGGUUCAGAUCGAGCGUAAACAACACAACAAGGAAAGGACACUGGAAGAACAUAGGAAAAUGCUGAACAAGGUUGUGAAACGUGAUCAGAAAAGGAGAAAGAGAAUCGAAGCUGCUGGAAUAGAAUAUCAAUGCCCCGAGCUUGUUGGAAAUACCCAGCCAUUACCUAAGAAGAUCAAGUUUAGUGAAGACUAGUUACCUGGUUUUGGAUAAGCUUUUGUUUUUGUAUGUGGUAUCUGGUUUGUUGUACUUUUGACAUCGGAUCCAAAACUCAAACUUUGAUUCCAAUGAAAAUUUUUAUUUAAACGACAA